ACGAACAAAAAAUGAUAAAGUGAAAAAUGUGAAUUUAAGAUCUGCAUACCUUCAUACAAAAACCCCUAUAAUGUGUUUUUGUUGUUGUUGUUUUACCAUUGUUUUGAGGUUCUGACAAUACUGAUUCGGCUGGUAGAUCAUUACUUUUGUAAAUUUAAGUAGGUACGAUAUGCAGGUGCUCCAGAUGAAUCAUGGGAAGCCUCGUUACCGAGAUAAACAAAUGUCUGACUAAACAUCGUGUUGUUAUAAAAAUAUUUUGUCUGUUACUUAAGAUCUCUGUUUAACAUUUAUUUCACGUUAUCAGUGUAUGUGUGUGUGAGUGUGUGACUUUUAUAAAUAAACAGAAUGCCACCAAAAACUAAAGGUGGCAAAGCUCCACAAGUAACUGAAGAACAGAGAGUUCAAGAAAAAAUGGAGGAACCACUUGAUGAACAAGAAUUGGAAUCUUUGUAUGCAUGGGUUGACGGCAUUCCUUUAUCUCGACCGAAACGGAAUAUCAGUAGAGAUUUUGCAGAUGGCGUGCUAGUUGCAGAGAUAGUUAAGCAUUUUUUCCCUGAAGAGGGGAUAGUUGAAUUACACAACUAUACAGCAGCAAAUGCUACAAAUAAAAAGAAGGAAAAUUGGUAUUAUCUUAACAGGCGUGUGUUUUCACGUUUGAACUUUGAACUCGCUGAAGACGUGAUAAAUGACCUUGUGGCGUGCAAGCCGGGCAUGAUCGAGAAAGUUCUGCUCAUGCUGCAGGUGAAAAUCAAACGGGCCGAGUAUGCCCGAGGGCGACAGAAUGACAAACCAGAGGCUGACCAACACCAUAAUAUGUCCUCCCCGGGCCGUAAGGACAGCAAGCUGAUCAAGGUGGGAAUGGAGGACACAAAAGGAAGCCGCUUCAUCAAGACCAAACAAUACUCUAAUACUAGUGGUUUCACUCAGCAGAUUGACGACUAUGGCCAUGUAAUUACCCAUCGCUACCUUGACAACAGGGGAUGGAACUCUGGAAAUCAAGAUCAAAAACCUUCUCCAAGGAAAGUAGUUGCGCCGCCCAAUAAUGUGAUACCAAAGCGGCGCCCUGGGCCGGUAGCCGAGUCGGACGUGGUGCCAAGAUAUGUGAUUGAGGAGAAGGAACAGGAAGUCCUAUCUCGAGAUGAAACUAUACAAAUUUUACAAGCCAAAAUAUCCAGAUUAGAGCACUUGCUCCACUUAAAAGAUAUGCGCAUAGAUGACCUUCAAAAUCGUGUUGAGGCCACUAGACCCACUGGCGUCAGGAGAUGAAUUUAACACAUCCUACACAACCUUAUUUUAAUGCAGAUGUUGCAGUCAAAGAUAUCGAAGAUGGAACAACUGUUACAGCUGAAAGACCUGCGUAUAGCCGACCUUACACAGAACCCCCUCCCUCCCAACCGACCUUCUCAUCAAUAUAGACCACAUCCCAGCCAGGAUAGUCGCUAUAGCAACCAGUCAGACAAUUAUAAUCUCUAUGACAAACACUCUGGCAAUGAAAACCAGUACAGCAAACAAUACCAAUAUGAUGAUCACAGACUCAGACAGGCGAGUUAUGACAAUCAGAAAUAUGGAUACUACUAACUUGAUAUAAAAAAUUAUAUGAGGCACCUUUGUAUCUUGCCGAUAUCAGUGUAGAGGUAUGAUAAAUUAUAUAUAUGCAUUAACAUAUAUCGUAUUUAAUCAAAACAGUGAGAGUUAUUGCCCUUGAUUUGUUUACUUAAUGUCUUCAGUGGGGCUUUUUGAAAACCUCUUGCCAGUAUGAUUGGCUUUUAUUUAAUUUCACUGAAACUAAGGAUUGUAUUGGACAUUGUAUGCAUAUAACCCUUUUCUACUUAGAAGCAAAGUGAAAAUGGCUGUGUGCAAACAGCAUAAAACCAGAACAGCCUGCGAGUAACUCAGUCUGUUCAGGUUUUAUGCUGUCUGCUACUCAUCAGUAUCUUAAAGUUGGAAAUGAAGCCUUUCAAACUUGAAUAUAUUAAGAAAGGACUUGACUUUAAUUUGAUUUUCUAAAGGACUUUAAAUGCGUCAAAGUGUGUUUCUGAGUGGUAAAGGGAUACAUUUGUUUUUGUAUGAAGAUCAGCAACUCCAUAUCCAUAUCUUCCUAUAUGAAGAUCAGCAACCGUUGUUCCAUAUCUUCCUAUGCUUUCUAUGAAGAUCAGCAACCGUUGUUCCAUAUCUUCCCAUGCUUUCUUUAGUAACUCAUGUAUAUAUUCACUCACACAUUUCAUUGUACUAAUAGCAUGCAUCUGUAUUAUGUUUACUUAUUUAUUGACCAGAUUUUUUUUAUGCAUUGCUUACAUAAGUUUGUAUAAGGAAACAUUAUUUCCCGAAUUCUUUUGCCUGCUUACAUUUCAAUGUUGUUUGCAAUUAUGUAUAUUCAAACACAAAUCAUUUGAUGUUGUUUGGUGUACCGGUAAUGCAAUGAUUACUGGAAAUGUUGAUAAUUUUUAAGAACAUAUACCAAACAAAUGUUCUAUCCUCAUGUGUAAACAAGGUAAUUUCCAUUUUCAUUUUUGGGUUGCAACAAUAAUUUCCGGCUAAAAAAUGAGUGCCUUUUACCUUAAACAAAUUUUUUAUUCAUACUUAGAUUAUUUACAACCUAUUUGUGCGUGUUCUAUACAUUUUUUUUAAGAUUUCACAUUAUUAGAAGUGCUAACAUAUUUAUCUUUUGUAUCCCUCAUGCAAAAUCAAAAUUAAUUCUAGUGUAAGUUUUGAAGUCAUUCUGGAAUUUUGCCCAUGAAUAACACUGAAAACAGACAUAGUAUAUUGGUCUUUUUGUAAAUUGAAACAAUAAUUUUCUGGUUAUCCUGUGUUACUAAAUGCUCCGUCCAUUUUGUUGUAAAUACUAUAAAUCAAAAUUUGUAUAAUGGGGUUUCAUUAUUGAGUGUUGAUGCACAUAUUGCUCUUCUAUAAAGUUGUCAUAAGUCAUAGUUAUUUGUAUUUUUUUCUAUUGAUUUAGUGCAUUGUAACCUGUCACUUCAUUGUAUGUUAUCCAAUACCUCAUUAUGCCUUUUUAGAUAACUAUGACAGCCAUGCCUCUAAUCAGUUCAACUUAAAGAAGAAUGCCAUUCUGUAAAUAUUGUUAAAAUGUUGCUAUUAAUGUUUUUUUUGUAUCAUAGGAUUCAUUACCUUGUGAUAUGUCUUGAAUGAAUUCAAGGAUAUUGGAGUGCUCCAGCAAAUUUUUUGAGAGUUCAUGAACAUAGUUUGGAACAUUACAGGUCCUAGCUUAUUUUUGGCAGGCAAAUCAAUUACAUGUACCAGGUUCAUUUUCAUGAGAUUUUAGCACUGCUUUAUUAAUCUGAAUGUAAAUUGUAUUGCAGAAAUCAAACAUACAAACAUUAAAAUAAUAUAAAUAUAUUUUAAUUGUAUAAUAUACUUACUUCAAAAUGGAAAUAUAAUUUUGCAAUACGUAUGAAGUAAACAUUAUUAAUAAACUGUUUUAUAACAUGACCUACGCGCCAGGAGUGAAAUAACGUAAUGCUCAUUUUUGUUUAUUACAUGGGUGUUAUUACACUAGUUAUAUAACUGUUAAAUGACGUCAUUUUUUGACGAAAUGACGUCAUUAUUCCAGCGAAUUUUGUCAGUAAAACGUUUUUACAAUGUAAAUAAACAGUGAAAAGAACAUAAAAUAAAAAAGAAAUUUGUUGGUCAUGUUAUAAAUAGAAUCUUAGAUUCGUGGUCAUUUUGUAUUGAAUUUAUUAAACUCGUCAUCUAAAUAAUCAUUAUUUAGAUGACUCGUUUAAUAAAUUCAAUACUAAACGACCACUCAUGCAAGAUCCUAUAUAUAUGUUCAAGUUAACGUUGAUAUGAUAUUGAAAAUGAUAUGUUAAGAAUGUGACUAUCUUACAGAAGUAUCAGAAGGGGUAAUCAAGUGACGAUCAGGAUGGUGACGUCCAUGCCAAAACUGGUAUUUUUCCCUGUUUUAUACCCUUUAUUAUGCUCCCUCAAAAUUUAUUCUGGGGGGAGCAUAUAGUCUCCGCUUCGUCUGUCCGAGUGUGUGUGUCUGUCUGUCCGUCCGUGUAUAAUUUUUGUCCGGGCUAUUUCUCAGCAACUAAUGAACGGAAUUCAAUGAAACUUUAUGGGAAGCUUCACUACCAAGAGGAGAUGUGCAUAUUAUCAGCGGGUUCUGGUCGGAUGCUUUUUCACAGAGUUAUGGCCCUUUGAAAUUUUCUAAAAAAAAAUUAUUGUCCCCCCAACUACUGUGCCCUCAAAACGUUUCCUUUUAUCUGAAUAUAUAGUGCAAUAUUGUGACAAAAAAACCUUUGGGGAGCAUCACCCGUUUCCGACGGUUUCUUGUUACUUUUGUUUAUUGUUUAAAUGCUGCUCACUUUCCAGCCAUAUUAAUAAGAAUAGUGAUUAGCGUUUAUUUCUUAUUACCGGUAAUAUUCACUUUUGAUCUCGACUUUAAUCGCUACAAAUUUUUUUUUGUGGGAGCUGUAAUUUUGGGAUGCCGCUAAGAAAAUUUGUAGCGAGUAAAGUCGAGAUAUAGAGCAAAUAUUAAUACGAAAUAAACACGUUGACAGCACUUUCCAAUUGCUGAUAAGGCAGGAAAGUGAGCAGCAUUUACAAAAUUAAUGUAAGUAAUAAAGGGUGUACAAUGGCAAAAAAUCCAUGUCUCGGCAUGGACGUUGCCAUCUUGACUUCCUUUAUAUAAUCACUUAGCCCCUCUGAGCAUUGAGAACAAAAAUAACAUAAACUUCAUACAUGUCUUUAAAACAUUUUUUUUUGGGUAUGAACUUUUAUUAUAAAACAUUUAGUCAUUUUAUGUAUGAAAUGUCUUGUCACAGAGCUUUGUUCACAUUUUGGCUGUGUAUUUUAUUUGACGCCAAGUAGACACACACAUCCAAACAAACUUUAUUUUGCAAGUUGCAUAUUGUCUGUGAAUUGAUACUGGUGUUUGUAGAAUACUGGGUUUAGAAAGUAUGAAAUUUGGGUAAUAAAGAUUAAAAAAAGACAUGAGUUAUGUGAUCUUGAAGUUAAUUAUAAUAAGUAAAACUGAAUAAUUUCUGAUGUCAGUACAGAAUACAUGCAUAACUUAUACUUGGCAUCUGUUAACUGUUUAAAGUGAUUGGUGUUGCAAUGGCUAAUAUUGCAACAAGAUUGAUUACUUAAUGUGAUUGGCAGAUGGAACCAGAGGUGCAACAUUUUGAAGGCUGUAUUUUAACCUUCAAUGCCGCAGUACUUUGAACAUGAAAAAAAUGUGGUUCUUCAGUGCAACAUUUGGAUUCAUGUUCGUAAAAAAAAAUGUGAAUUUUGCCAAGGAUUCUUUUAGUCUUUAAUGCAUCUCAACACAGUGUUUAGAAAAUAUUUUCAUGUACAACAGCUCACAAAAUGUAAGCAGAAUUAAUCGUGGUGGAGAUGAACUGCAUAUGAAGUUUCAAGAAAAAACGCUGAUGUAAAAGUUACCUUGAAACUAGAGGACCCUGAGGAUCCCUGAACCUCACAUUUUUUGACAAAAUGACGUCAUUAUUCCAGCGAAUUUCGUCAGUAAAACAUUUUUACAAUGUAAAUAAACAGUGAAAAGAACAUAAAAUAAAAAGAAAAUUUGUUGGUCAUGUUAUAAAUAGAAUCUUAGAUUCGUGGUCAUUUUGUAUUGAAUUUAUUAAACUCAUCAUCUAAAUAAAGAUAAAAACUCGGCAAGCCUCGUUUUUAUCUUGAUUUAGAUGACUCGUUUAAUAAAUUCAAUACAAAACAACCACUCGUGCAAGAUCCUAUAUAUAUGUUCAAGUUAACGUUGAUAUGAAAUUGAAAAUGAUAUGUUAAGAAUGUGACUAUCAAACAGAAGUAUCAGAAGGGGUAAUCACGUGACGAUCAGGAUGGUGACGUCUAUGUCAAAACUGGUAUUUUUCCCUGUUUUAUACCCUUUAUUAUGCUCCCUCAAAAUUUAUUUUGGGGGGAGCAUAUAGUCCCCGCUUCGUCUGUCCGUGUGUGUGUCUGUCUGUCCGUCCGUCCACAAUUUUUGUCCGGGCUAUUUCUCAGCAACUAAUGACCGGAAUUCAAUGAAACUUUAUGGGAAGCUUCACUACCAAGAGGAGAUGUGCAUAUUAUCAGGGGGUUCUGGUCGGAUGCUUUUUCACAGAGUUAUGGCCCUUUGAAAUUUUAUAAAAAAAAUUCUUGUCCCCCCAACUACUGUGCCCUCAAGACGUUUUCUUUUAUCUGAAUAUAUAGUGCAAUAUUGUGACAAAAAAACAACUUUGGGGAGCAUCACCUGUUUCCGACGGUAUCUUGU